GCUCGGGGCUCGGGGAUGUGGCUCCGGGUGGCGGCGGCGGCGGCGACGGCGGGGGCCGGGACCGGGGGGUCCCGGGCGGCUUCGGGGGCGGCGGCGGCGCAGCUCCGGCGGCGGCUGGAGGGGGAGCUGGAGGGGAUCCGGGGAGCCGGCACCUGGAAGAGCGAGAGGGUCAUCGCCUCCCCGCAGGGCCCCCACCUCCGCCUGGCUGGAGGGGGAGACGCCGGGAUCCUCAAUUUCUGUGCCAACAACUACCUGGGGCUGUCGAGCCACCCGCAGGUGAUCUGCGCCGCCGUGCGAGCCCUCGAGGAGUUCGGUGCCGGCCUCAGCUCCGUGCGCUUCAUCUGCGGCACGCAGAGCAUACACAAGGAGCUGGAGGAGAAGAUCGCACGCUUCCACCAGAGGGAGGACGCCAUCCUCUACGCCAGCUGCUUCGACGCAAACGCCGGCAUCUUUGAGGCUCUGCUCACCCCGGAGGAUGCGGUGCUGUCCGACGAGCUGAACCAUGCCUCCAUCAUCGACGGCAUCCGCUUGUGCAAGGCGAACAAAUACCGCUACAAGCACAUGGACAUGCAGGACCUGGAGGCCAAGCUGCAGGACGCGCAGAAACACCGCCUGCGGCUGGUGGCCACCGAUGGUGCCUUCUCCAUGGACGGUGACAUCGCGCCCCUGCGGGAGAUCUGCCAGCUGGCCCAGAAGUACGACGCCCUGGUCUUCAUCGACGAAUGCCAUGCCACAGGGUUCCUGGGGCCCAACGGCCGGGGUACUGAUGAGCUCCUGGGAGUGAUGGACAAGGUCACCAUCAUCAACUCCACCCUGGGAAAAGCUCUUGGAGGAGCUGCAGGUGGGUACACGACGGGCCCCAAACCCCUCAUCGACCUGCUCCGCCAGCGCUCCCGGCCCUACCUCUUCUCCAACAGCCUGCCCCCCGCUGUGGUGGGCUGCGCCUCCAAGGCCCUGGACCUGCUCAUGGAGAGCAACGCCAUCGCCCAGUCCAUGGCCGCCAAGACCCAGCGCUUCAGAAGCAAGAUGACGGCAGCCGGCUUCACCAUCUCCGGGAAGGACCAUCCCAUCUGUCCCGUCAUGCUCGGGGACGCCCGGCUGGCUGCGGUGAUGGCUGAGGACAUGCUGAGCAGGGGUAUUUACGUCAUUGGCUUCAGCUACCCCGUGGUCCCCAAGGGGAAAGCCCGCAUCCGGGUCCAGAUUUCGGCUGUGCACAGCGACGAGGACAUCGACCGCUGCGUGGAGGCCUUCACCGAGGUGGGACGGAAACACGGAGCGCUGCCUUGAGGGGCCACCAGCGGCGUCUUUCCCUCGGUGCCUUCCCUGCCCGUGACCAACACAAGUGCCUGUGCCGGGGUGGGGAGGCUUGAGCACCGUGCUGCUGGACGCAGGACCUGAAGGCUCUGGCUGUUGCGGUGUGCUGGCAGCAGCCCCUGUGGCAUUAAAGGUUUCCUGCAGUGCA